ACUAUCACAAUGACUGGACGCGGUAAAGGAGGCAAGGGACUAGGAAAGGGAGGCGCCAAGCGUCACCGUAAGGUGUUGAGAGAUAACAUCCAGGGCAUCACCAAGCCCGCCAUCAGGCGUUUGGCGCGUCGUGGUGGAGUCAAGCGUAUCUCCGGACUCAUCUACGAGGAGACCCGUGGAGUCCUCAAGGUGUUCCUUGAGAACGUCAUCAGGGAUGCCGUCACCUAUACCGAACACGCCAAGAGGAAGACUGUCACCGCCAUGGACGUUGUCUAUGCCCUGAAGAGGCAGGGACGUACCCUGUACGGAUUCGGCGGUUAAGCAACCAACCCCCUUCAACCCAAA